CAGUAUAUAAAUCAUUCUCAGUGAAUUUUUAGAUAUCUUUUUGUGUCGAAGCCAUGGGAUUCGUACCCGACAAUCUUGAAGAGGUUAAUCAUGGAUCGACAAAGGUUGAUUAUUUAACACUUGAAUUUCUGUACAGCAUCCUCAACUGGGAUCAUGCAGAGUCUUAUUCCUGCGAUCUCAACGAUAUUAAAAAAAUAUCUGACCAGAUGCCAACAAAUUCAAACGGGAGAAAUCCAAGAGCAAUAUAUGAUGAGCCAAGGAAUGUCUCCCUUGGUCCACACCACUACGGCAAACCUCAGUUGGAUCGUAUGCAAGUCGACAAAUUGAGAGCUCUAUGUCACUUUGUUAAGAGGGGAGGUCUUCCUGUCGAUUCCUAUCUUCAAGCACUAAUGAAAUUCGUAAAUCCAUUUCGGGAAUCUUAUGGUGAUCCGGUUGGCGAAAUUUGGCAAGAUAACGAUCGCUUUGUCAUCCUCAUGCUGCUGGAUGGAGUUUUCCUUUUGGAGUUCUUGUCUGUUACUAGAGGUAAUCAAAAGUAUUCUGAUUACGCUGCAACCGAUCCCAUAUUUGGGCAUGAGGGACAUGUCUUGAUAUACGAGGUUAUAAUGCAAGACUUGUUGAUGCAUACAAACCAAGUGCCCUAUCUUGUGCUCUCGACGUUGCUUUCCGUCUCGGAAGGCCUUCCUGAGAAGAGCAUACAAAGCAUCCUAUCAUGGAUGAUGUUCGCCCCGAAAAUAGAACCAGGCCUCCACUUAUUAGACAUGUAUUUAAAGGGAUUGUUGGCCGAAGGCCAACGUGCGGAGAAGGAGGAUCAGCCGCAGGAAGAUAAAAAUGGACGUAUUUCUAUUUCCAAACUUCAUCACAAAUACGGUGUCAGAUGUGUAAGAGUACAGAGCUACGACAACAUCAAUUUCGACAAGAACACUGCAACUCUUGAACUUCCUAUUAUCCACAUCAACAAACAGAACGCACCUAAAUUCGUCAAUUUGAUAAUAUACGAACGUCGGGAGGGUACCAAAAACAAGGAUUUGAACUCUUAUUUCGACUUCGUGGGAUCUCUUAUCCAGUCGCCUAAAGAUGUUAACCAGCUCCGCUGCCAAGGGAUCAUAGUUAAUUCUUCCAGUAGUGACGAGGCUGUCAUGGAGUUGAUAAAAGAAAUUACUAAGGAGACUGUGCGAGGAGAUAAGACGUGCACGACUAAUCUGGUGCGGAAUGAAUUGAAUGAGUUUUAUCAAAAAGGUGCCACCAAUAUAUUUAGGAGGUGUUACGCUGUCUUGUCUUCGACCUUGCGAAUGCAUUGAGAUCUAUUUUCCGAUUUGGUUUUAUAAAAGAAGCCAUACUUCCAGACCCAUUUCGACAAACUGCUCUUGGUUUUUCAUCUCAUCAAGUUUUAGUUCGAAUAUUGUGUGUGUUUGUCUUUAUUGUUUCGCAUGUACAUUGCGCGCUAACCUGAUCCAACCCAUAGUGGGAGGAUUUCCUUUAUGACUUUCCUGAAUUGGAGGUUAGGGGUUCGAUUCUUUUCCUCUCAUGCAUAUAGCGAUGGUGCUUCUUGUCUGGAUUGGUGUGUGAUUAGCGCAAUGGCAACCACAUUUUACCUUUUGUUCCGCUGGUCAUAUGCAUUGUACAAUAAUUGUAAUUUUGUUCAAAAGAGUGUAUGUUCACAAUUAAGUUGAUUUUUUUCUUUGUUUUU